AUGGAGUUACUACACCAUCCAAAUAUUAUUAGAUUAUUUGAAGUUGUGGCUACAUUAUCUAAAGUCCAUUUAGUUAUGGAAUAUGCGGGGGGUGGGGAAUUAUAUACUUAUGUACACGAUAAUGGAAAAUUGACUGAAGAAGUUGCUAAACCUAUUUUUGCCCAAAUAGUCUCAGCAGUUGCCCACCUUCAUUCAAAAAAUAUUUGUCAUAGAGAUAUUAAAGCAGAAAAUGUUUUUCUUUCACAUCCUGGCUGGAUAAAACUUGGAGAUUUUGGCUUUAGUUGUAAAUUCGAAGACGAUUCCUUUUUAAAUACUUUUUGUGGUUCUCCCCCAUAUGCUGCACCUGAAUUAUUUCGAGAUCAAAAAUAUAUUGGCCCGAUGGUUGAUAUUUGGGCGAUGGGAAUACUUCUUUAUUUUAUGCUUGUUGGUGUUACUCCUUUUCGUGGAGAAACUGUUUCUGAUUUAAAAAGAAAUAUUUUGGAAGGGGUUUAUUAUAUGCCUGAUUAUGUUUCAACAUUUGCACAACAUUCAAUUACUAGAAUGCUUGAAUUGGACGCUAAAAGAAGGGCUAAUAUUUUGGAACUUAAGGUAUUUAAAAAUAUUUUGGAAGUGACUGAAAGUUGA